CUCUAUAAAUUAGUCAACGUGUAGAAAUCACGCGCGGUGCACUGUGGAUAAUACACUAUACCCAGACAGAUACAGAUCAACGACGAAUACUGAAAUAAUUGUUCGAGAUUAAAAAAGGAAUAGAAUAUGCCUUUUAGAAGUCCAAAAGAGUUAAGAAUAGUGAUGCUAGGAAAAACAGGGGCUGGCAAAAGCGCCCUAGGAAACAGUCUGCUGCAGUCUGAGCUGUUCCAAUCCAACAGUUAUGGCGCUUCUGUCACCGUACACUGCAAAUUUGGAAACAGGCGUCUUGACAAUGGAAAAAAGUUGGUAGUCAUCGACACACCAGGAAUAUUCGACACCAGGAAAUCCAACCUUGAAACAUCAAAAGAACUUAUAAGGUGUAUAGGUCUAUCGUCACCCGGUCCUCACAUCUUUGUCUUCGUUCUGAAGAUCGGUCGCUUUACCCAGGAAGAGAUGGAGACGAUCCAACACCUCAAAGAUUUGUUUGGAGAAGACGUAGUCAAUUACGUGAUCAUUGUAUUCACCGGUAAGGACUCGCUUGAUUACGAUGGUUCGACCAUUCAUGAACAUAUCCAACACUGCCCACCAGAACUGCAAUCACUGGUUGGUCAGUGCAAAAGGAGAAUAGCUACCAUUAACAACCGAGCAAAACCAAGGGCAUUAGCAAAGGAUGUUAAAGGUAUUCUAGAUUUAAUGGCGCAGACCGUGAGACAAAAUGGCGGAGGAUACUACACUGGUGAGAUGUUUGAAGGAGCUGAAAGGGCAUAUCAGGAAAAACUUCGACUUCUCGAGGAAGAAAAAAACAAGAAAGAGCGGGAACUAGAACAAAAAGCGCGGAAAAUUGAGAAAGAGGCGAAGAGAAAGAUGCGAGAACUUGAGGGCAUGAAACUAGAAAAUAAUAAAAAGAAAAAAGAAUUAGAGAGAAUUAAGAGAAGACAACGUCAAAAAGAGGAGGAAUUAGAAGAAGAACUCGAAAGAAUAAAGAAUAUCGAUACGAGACAAAAAUUUCGAGAUGAUGUGGAGUCGAACGAUGGCGCCAUUGUUGAUAUUGCUCGGGGUAUAGAAAAGGUUGGGCGUGGCAUUGGACGGGCCGCCAAAGGCGUGUGGAAUAAAUUGACUGGUUGGCUUGGAUUUUAAAUUAGCUAAAGUCGGUCUUACCUGUAUCCCAACACACGAAUUGGAACUGAAGUUGGCGAACCUAUAAGCUGAUAAUAAUGGUUACUGUUUCAUUUAAGACUAUAAUCUGUUUGGGUUUUUUUUAUGCCGAAUGAAAUAAUAUAUUAAAGAUGCAUUAUGUAAGAGCUAAAUUUACCUAUGGCAAAUCUUUUUUUUUUCGCUUCAAAUGUUAUAUAAACUAAUAAGACAUUUCUCUCUGGGUGAUAUUUAACGGAUAAAACACAUCGCCAUUUAAUAAUUUAAUUUAAAAAUGGAAAAUCAAGACUGUAUAGUUACGAUUUCAAAGGCUGAAAUCUUCUGUAUAUAUUAUGCUUAUUAUUAAAAUAUUUAUACAGUAAGCAGAAUUGAGACUCUAGUUAGCAAACAUCAUAUAAGCUAUUAUAGUUUGUUUUAAGACAAUAGACUAUUUUUGCUUAUUAUUAAAAAAAAAUAAUUUCGCAUAUAAGCAUGCUACAAGUGACAGAAUUGGAACUGUUUACUAGCAAACAUAUAACCUGGUUUUUUUAAGACUGCUUUUAUGCAGAAUGGAAUACAUUAAUGUACAUGUAUUUUAUACUUAUUAUUAAAUGAAAAUAAGCUUUCACUGUAAACGUGUCGCAAGUGACAAAAUCUAGGUUUAUGGUGAGAGAGAGAGAGAGAGAGAGAGAGAGAGAGAGAGAGGUUUGAGGUCCCCUCGACCACACACAAACUAAAUGAAAUGAAAUGAAAUGGGGUUUAGGCCCCACUGUUCUGCUCCGGCUGGGCUAAUGAAGACAGCGACACAAACUAGGUCAUUUCGAGACUAACACAUUAUGGCUCAAUUUUAUUUCAAUAAUUCGCUUGCGCACAGGGGUUUAGCAGUGGGAGGAAACGAGACGACCCGGAGAAAACUCACAAGGCUGUACAGGCGACGCCAAUUGACUUAGAGACAGACCUUGUGAUUUCACGCGCACGCGUCAACCAUUCGGCCAACCAAAUCCUAUUUUAUGGCCAUAGACUCUAUGAGUAAGACGCUGGCUAGCUAACCACGUGGUCUCGGGUAUUUUCCUGAGUUGUUUCCACAUGUUAUUGGUGCAGCACCGAGGGCUUGGCAAGGAACAGUGUCAAGUCGUUCGGGAUGUGACGUAAACCGGAGGUCCCGUGUACACAUAAGUGUGCACGUAAAAGAACCACUGGCAGUUGGAAUUCGAGAUAAGAGUAAGCUGUAGCGCCGUUGUCGGGUCAAAUUUUUCCUCGUAGCACACUGUAAACACAUAUGCCCGUCUUCAUUAGCCCAAUGUACAGGUCAAAGGUCAUCACUUGAUGACGACUUGAGAAGCCUAGUAGAAACGUCGGUCAGAAAUAAGUAGUAAUUGUAUUCCAUAGAAUAGUGACCAGUAGAUAUUGACAUCCCCACCCCACCCCCUCUCCCUCCCUCUCUCUCUCCCUCUCUCUCUCGCUUUUCAUAGUUUACGUCACAAGUGACAAUCAUUUUUAUAUUUUAUCAUUGCUUGAUAAUGACUAGAGAAGCCUAGUCAAAACGUUGGUCGGUACUAAGCUGUAAUUGUAUUCCAUAGAAUUGUGACCAGUAUAUAUUGACUUGCAUUAGUACAUCCCUCACUCUCUCUCUCUCUCUCUCUCUCUCUCUCUCAUUUUUCGUAAUUUACGUCAUAAGUUAUAGAUAGUCUUUUACAAACUUACUUCAAAGCGCUUGUCAAUGAACAAGGUUUUUCUAUAGCUCAAAGAUUUAAUUGAGCUGAACGUAAUAAACCCUGUAUAGCUGACGUAAAUACAACAAUUUGUGAAAUAGAUUGUAAGAUAUAU